AUGAAGGCAGCACGGACUGGUCCCAUAUAUUCUCUCGCGGCGCAGAAGCGAGCUCGCAUGAUGAGUGAUGCCAAUGAUUCCACGUCAUCGCUCGGAGGCGAAUCAGGAGCUUCGACACCACUCAAUCUGAGUGACGGAGACUUGAUGCCUCCUCCUGCUUACAAUGCUCAUAUACCUCAACAAUUCAGCGAAAAAUCUGACACAACCACACUGCCAACGAGUAAUGCCAGUAUAAAUGAUACCCUUACAGGGUCAGCAAGUCAAAACUCGUUUCAUUUGGGCACCUCAACCUCUCCUGGUGGCAUCAGAAUCAAUAUUCAGAACAACAUCAACUACCAUAAUUACAAUAUAUUCGACUCGACAGCUGCUACUGUCUCUGGAAUACAGAAUGGAUUAUGGAAUGCUUCGACUUCAACUACUCGUUCAUUCUCUGCGAGAUGGGAUGGGCAGGGCCCUGGAGAGACCAUCAAGUUUGUACUGCUGUGUCUAGCAUGGUACACAUCCUCAGCCAUAACAAACAAUCUGAGUAAACAAAUCAUGAACGUCUAUCAGCAUCCAGUCACACUCACAUACGUCCAAUUCGCAAUGGUGGCGUUCUUUGCCUUCUCUACAGCCGUAUUGAAGAUUAUACCCAACACGACUAUAACAUGGCCAUCACGACAUGUGCUAGCCACUGCUGCGCCGUUGAGUUUAUUUCAGGUUGCUGGACAUGUAUUCUCUAGCGUAGCAUUGUCAAUGGUGUCUGUGUCGUUUGCUCAUACCAUCAAGGCUCUGUCGCCGCUCUUCACUGUUUUGAUGUAUCGCUUCUUCUUUGAAGUACAAUAUGCACCACGAGUAUACUUUUCGCUUCUACCACUAACUGCUGGAGUCAUGCUGGUCUGCUCCAACGGAAUAAGCUUCAACUGGAUUGGCUUCCUAAGUGCGCUGGCAGCAACUAUAAUAUUCGUGACUCAAAACAUCUUUUCUAAGAAACUGUUUACGACGGGCCAUCACCAUCAUCAUACCGAUCAACAAAUACCGACACCAGGUGGUGUAAAGAAAUCGGAAGGACAACAUAAAAAGCUAGACAAGAUAAAUCUAUUAUUCUAUUCAUCAUUUUUAGCAUUUUUAUUCAUGACGCCACUAUGGUUGUACUCUGAUGGACUCGGCAUGCUUAUAUCGCAUGUAGAAUCAUCAUCAGUAGCAGCAGAUGCCAUCAAUACUAGCAGCAAUGGUGGUUUUAGUGUAGCAGCUCUCUUUUUUAUGAAUGGUGUAGCCCACUUUGGACAAAAUCUCCUAGCAUUCUGGCUCUUGUCACUCGUAUCGCCCGUAACGUAUUCCGUGGCUUCAUUACUGAAGAGGAUUUUCGUAAUUGUAUCAUCCAUCUUUUGGUUUUCGGAUUCUGUCACGUCUAGUCAGUUUGCUGGAAUGUGUCUCACAUUCUUUGGAUUGUGGAUGUAUCAAAAGGCUAAACAGGACAUUACGAUAUCGGAAAUAGUGCUGGAGAAGGAGGAAUUCCGAUUGGUAUAA